AUGAGUUUUAUCCGACAAACAGUUUCGAGAUCAUUGCCGCGAGUACGAACCCCAGCAGCCCACACCCACAGAUCAUUUGCCACCAGUGGACCCAGCGGCCAACAAGGCACUCCGCGAUGGCUCCUAGUAUCUAUUGCUCUUGGUGUCCCGAUUUCCAUCUACAUGUGGACUAGGGAUACAGCACCGAAGACGAGCCCCCGAGGAGUAAACCAGGAGUAUAAACAAGGACGCGGAGAAGGGAGUGAGAGCAAUGGAAGCUCAAAUCACACACAAGAUACCAACACAGCCUCCGAUUAUGAUAAGCCUCGUGGGAUGGGCUCUCCGGCCGGUCCUGGCAGCAUGUCGCAUAAGCAAGAAGGUUGGUCUAAUGCGGAUAGCAUGAAUCCCUAUAUCAAUGAGCCGGGCAAGAGCAAGAAGGGCGAGGGAGAGACAGAGACUGUGAAGGUAAAGGGCACAGUCCGGGUUGAUAGGCCUCAGGUUUAA